AUGGUGGUGAACGUGUGGCCGUUUCUAGAAGCCAAUAGUCGGGCAUGGGAGGUGCUGACACGUGGCGGAUCCGCACUGGACGCGGUGGUGGAAGGAUGUAACGUGUGCGAGGUGCUUCAGUGCGAUGGAUCAGACCUUCCCCUUCGCCCCAUCUCCUCCCUUUUCCACCGCUCAAUCCCUCCAAUUACCAAAUUCCCCACUCUGUGCCUCCACCGCCACUUCCCCUUCUCUCCCCCCAUUUUCUCCCCCUCCCAUUCUCUUGCCCCUCCCCAACCUCUCCCGUUUCUCCCCCUUCUCCCCAUUGCCAAUGCCUCCAUGAGCGACUCCAUGGACGUGGGGGCAGUGGCCGGCCUGCGCCGAGUCAAGGCGGCAGUGCGGGCGGCGUAUCUUGUCCUCUUGCACACGUACCACUCGCUGCUGAUCGGCGACGCAGCAACGGACUUCGCCCUGGAAAUGGGCCUGGCCGGCCCGGAAGAUCUCUCCACCAAUCGCUCUCUCGCCAUGUGGCGCCAAUGGAAGGCCGCCAGCUGUCAGCCCAACUAUUGGCGCAACGUGACGCCUGAUGCCGCCCGUUACUGCGGCCCCUACCGCCCGGCCACUGCUCCAGGAUCACAUGCUUCCGAACCAAGCGGUGGUGCCACGGCCGAGCCUCAGGGGGCCGAAGCAGGUGCCGGACCUGGUGGUGCCGGACCUGCAGCCGGACCUGGUGAUGUGCGCGUGGGGUGUGAUCCACGUCUUGUUGGCCGGGAGCAAGGCUUGUUGAGGAGGCGAAACCGCCUGGCAUCACACGACACCAUCUCCAUGGUUGCCAUAGCACAGAACGGCAGCAUGGCUGCAGCGACAUCCACCAACGGACUCACCUUCCACAUCCCUGGGAGGGUGGGUGAUGCACCCAUAGCAGGAGCAGGAGCAUAUGUGGACUCAAGAGUAGGGGGCUGUGGGGCGACAGGACUGGUGGGUGAUGCACCCAUAGCAGGGGCAGGAGCAUAUGUGGACUCCAGAGUGGGGGGCUGUGGGGCAACAGGAGAUGGUGACGUCAUGAUGAGGUUCCUGCCAUGCUUUCUAGCAGUUGAGCUCAUGCGAAUGGGCUCUACCCCAGCCUCGGCUGCCGAAGCUGCCAUCAGUCGCAUCCGAGCCAAGUUCCCAACCUUUCAGGGAGGCUUGGUGGCGGUCAACAGGUUUGGGGAGCACGGAGCAGCGGUGAACAACUGGGUGCUACAGUACACUACGGAGGUCGCAAACCUUGGAGUUGAACCGACGGCCGAUGACAAGCCGACCGUCGGGACGGAGUAUGAGGCGCGUGAAGUGAGGGAGGAGGAGAUAGGAGCUGAUAGAGAAGGCGAAGUGAGCGUAAAAGCUUCUAAGGAAAAGCAGGGAAGAACCGAGGAAGUUGGGGGUAAGAGGCGUGGGAGGAGAGCAGGCAAUGCGAAGGCAAGAAGCGAAGGGAGCGGGAGUAAGAGCGGAGAGGGGGAAGCAUCCGAGGAGGAAGAGGAGGCUGUGGCAGUGAUUGCUCAAGUGCUGAUGAAGAAAUACGGACCUCAGAUAGUGAAAGAGGAGGAUGAGGGGCUUGGGAACGGAAGGAGUGGGGGAUGGGAGGAGAUUGAAGGAGGGGAAGCAUCGGAUGCAGCAACGGUGGCGGCGGUGGCGGCGGUGGCGGCAGCGGCGGCGGUCGAGGAGGAAGUUGGAAUGGACACAGAAAUGCAGGAUGAGGAAGUAGAAGCAGAAGCGAGUGAGGAAGGUAUACCAAGCAUGCCAUCUCGUCCUCGUGCCACCUCUCGCUCCUCCCUCCUCUCCCUCUACCGCUUCUUCUCCUCCCACCUCGGCAUCUCCUCCCCUUCCACUAUCGCUUCCCUCCUCGCUUCCAAUCCCCAACUCCUCCGCUCCAACCCCACCAAUGACCUCGUUGUUGACUAG